AUGCUUAUACCCCCAGACAACUUUGGAGUCGUACAAAAAGGUGUUUACCGAUGCUCCAAGCUAGAAGGCGACCAUUUGCCGUUUUUGGAGACCCUCAAUUUGAAGCUGUUGAUACUUUUGGACGUGGCCAAACCACCCCGAACUCUCAAAUCGUUCUUGGUAGACAACAACGUGAAUUUGUACAACUUGGGUGGCUUGAAGAUCUCAAAUCAUCCUGGCACGGACUCGAAUCUGGACUUAGCGACUGGGAAAAGCAGCUCUCGCAGCUCCAAUAGGUCAGAGGCUACACUAGAGCCUAAUGAGAUACGAUCAGUGCAAUUUGAUCUUGAAAAGAAACUGAAGAACGACAUGUGGAUGAUCAUCGAGAAGAAUUUGAUCGUAGGCGCACUCGAAGUGUUGUUAGAUAAGUCAAAGCAUGGGGUUCUCUUGGUCGAUCUGACUCUGGCGCUUGUUGGCAUUCUCCGCAAAAUUGAGAAAUGGAACUUCAACUCUAUCAUUAAUGAGUACAGGACAUUCACCGGUAAUGCAAGCAAGAGCAGCUAUAAUGUGGAAGUGUUUCUAGAGUGUUUGCAAGUGGAGCUAGUGCCUUAUGAGGGAGAGCAUAAGCAACAUGAAGAUACAGAACUUGCCUCUACAAAACCUCCUCUAUCAAAUCGCGCUUCUAUUCUGAUGGGGCUACAACGCUACUCGUUGGAUGAAGGGUUGACUACCGGAGAUGAAGAAGAUGCAUUGUCUAUGGAAGACUACGAAGAUGACAUUGAUGACGAUUUACUAUCUGCCUCACCUCAAAUUCCAGCGACUCUCUUAAAAUUAGUCGAGCAGAGAAAAAUUGACGACUCUUCGCAAAAUUCGUCGCCAGACAGCAGAAGAGGCAGUCUCAUAGGUAGCCGAGGUGGCAGUUUAGAUGCAAUCUAUGCUUCCAAUUACCGUCAAAGAAGGAUGUCAUCUGUGGAUUCGCGGUACAUACAGGCCAAGAACAAUCGAUUUUUGGACCCCCUGUUCCAGCUCUCAGUUUCUCCCCGUCGGCCCUCGUUUGAGACCAGCAUGCGUCACUUCAAAUUGGAUCGCUCGCUUGACGAUGCGCUGCGCAAAGAGCGCCAAACAUAUAGGUAUUACUUGCCAACCUCCAGCAAGAAGGACAACUUUGGCAUCAUCAAGUGCAGACUCCCGCCCGAACAAAACCUUGCAGACUGGUUUGUGAGAGGACGGGAUUUUUGGGAAAGCCGGCAAUAA